AUGGAUACUAUUACUUCCGGAAAUGGAACGGUCGUACCUCGUGCAAACCCCAACCUUCCUUCUCUCGACAAGACACUUCAGCCCGUUAUAAUAAGCUACACUUUUCCGUCCAACACCCGACCCGUCGUUCAAGCAGUAACACAAAUGGCCCAAAAGCUUGCCGGAGAGUUUAUACAAACCCGUGCCGGGCACAAAUACACCGUGCAAGCAGUUCCCACCAAUGAGUUUCAUGGAUCCAUGGAAGACCUGGAAAAGGAAGUCCGUUUUACAAUCAAGGAAACGCCUACUGCCUUCAAGCGUCUGGACCCCUCGUCCAGUUGGAACUGCCCAUGUGAUGCAGUAGUGCAUCCGAACACCUACAGUCAUGGGAGGAUUGAAGGGGAUUGGGAAUCGGUUGAGGUGAAAGAGGGAAAGGGAGGAGUGAGACGUGUCAAUUAUGCGUCGAAGGGGUUCAAUCCUAGAUAG